CUAUCACUCUGCUCUAAUCAGCUGUUUGUGCUUGUGUCAGGCUGUAACCAGUGCCCUGGGUUCAGGGUGCAUUCUGUUCUCUGCACAAAGCAUCACACUGUGAUAAGAUUGUGUAGUGUUCGGUAUCUGAAAGGGAAAGAGCGACGAGUCUGUUGGUUCAGUAGCUUUUGAAAGGCAGCCAUGCGGCUCCUAUCGUCCUCUCUCCUUUUCUCCAUCCUGUUGCAAACAAUGUCUGCACAGGUGGAGGAAUGGAAAACAGCCACGUCUAUGUAUGAGUUCACUGCCACAGAUAUUGAUGGCAACAAAGUGUCUCUGGAAAAAUACAAAGGUCAGGUGGUUAUCAUCACCAACGUUGCCACCAAUUGAGGCAAAGCCCCAGUAAACUACUCUCAGUUUGCACAGAUGCACGCCAAGUAUGCUGAGAGAGGUUUAUCCAUCCUAGCUUUCCCAUGCAACCAGUUUGCCAACCAGGAACCUGGUACAAAUGAACAGAUCAAACAAUAUGCCAAAUCCUUCAAUGUGCAAUUUGACUUAUUCAGCAAGAUCAACGUAAACGGACCAGAAGCUCAUAGCCUGUGGAAGUGGUUAAAGGAGCAACCGAAUGGUGAAGGAUUUCUAGGAAAUUCAAUCAAGUGGAAUUUCACCAAGUUCCUUAUUGACCGACAAGGCAAGGUUGUGAAGAGAUACUCGCCAAUAAAAGAUCCAAUUGAUAUAGAAGCUGAUGUCCUGAAAUAUUUGUAAACCCUGCAUUUCAUUUCUUAAGCUUGAUAUCCUCUUAGUCUUCCAUUCCCUUUCCCAAUCCUCUCCUGUGGCCUGCUGGCAGUCAGUGGUGUCAUCCCAUGUAUUUAUGACGGUUUGUCUUGAAACCCACCCUGUGGAAUGGACAAUCCUGAUGCAUUUGGCGUGCGAUUCUUCAUGGGAAGAUCACCAUCGCACAGACGGUCAAGUGGAAAGGAACCCCAUUCUUUCUUUUUAAUUUAAUAAUGUAUCAAAUGCUAUUACAUAUUGAAUCUCUUAUCCGCUCUGAAUAAAGUGAAUGAGGUCUUAAUAUCA